AUGAAUCAAUCAUGCCAAGAAAUACCAUUACAAUCUAUUGAGCCUGAAGCAGCAGCUGAGCAAGAAUUCUUAAUACAAAAAGUAGAUUGGACAGGUGGAAGGUUAUGGUGUAAUCAGACGGAAGAGGAUCCAGAUGAGGGUGAUUUAUCUGAAGGAUAUGAGGAGCAACAUAAUACUGUGGAGAACACAACAAAACAAAUUACUGUCUCAGUAGAGGGUGGGAGUUCAAAUGCUGAAGCACAAAAACUAGUCACUGGUCCAACUCUCAACAAAUCAAAAACAAUUGAAGUGGAUCCAAUUAUUGCUGAGCAAUUGGAUCUUGGUGAAUCUGGUGGAGGUAAGGAACAAUUAGAUCCUGGUGAUACUCUUGGAGAUGAGGAGCAAAAUGCAGAUAAAAGAGUGGAAACACUGGAGAAUAAUGAAGUCAUUACCAACAACAAUAAUGUAGAUCAGCCCAAGGCAAAUGAGGACAAACUCAUGAUGCAUAAAUCAACUAAAAAUCAGAUUGCAACAACAGAACAACAGAAGGAUAUGGAGGAUGAUACAUCAAGUAAAGGAAGAGAUCUAGAUGCAGAAUCAACUUGUCAAAACUUCAGGAAUGUUGCUAGACAAGGAGAUAUCUCUCCUAGGUUCAUGGAGAAGGGCAAAUCAGCUGGUAGAGGAAGAAAGAAGCAGGUGGAAGAGGUCCCUAAUGUGCAGCCAACUGGGGUCCAAACAAGGAGAACUGGGGAUUUUAAUGUUAUACGGGAUGAGGAGGAAAAGUUUGGAGGGUUUCCAGUUUCUUUGAAUGAAGUAGAUGAUUUUAGGCACUGUAAGGACACCUGCAAACUGACAGAUUUGGGAUUCAAAGGAAGUAUUUUCACUUGGUUGAAUGGGAGGGCUGAAGAAGAUUGUAUCUUUAAGAGGUUGGAUAGAUGUUUUUCAAAUACGGAAUGGCAACAGAUGUGGCCAGGAAUGGAGAUCACACACCUACCCAAAAUUGGUUUUGAUCAUUGUCCUUUGUUAAUUACCAAUAAUCCAAAUGUUGUACAAAUUAAGAAAAGCUUCAGAUUUUUAUCUUCUUGGACAAAACAUGAUACAUUCAAAGUAGUGGUUAAGGAGAACUGGCAGUCGGAUUUUCAUGCUAAUCCUUUUGUUCUUUUCAAUCACAAGCUAAGGAAGUUGAAAAAGGCAUUGUCAACUUGGAGUAGAUCAACUUAUGUUGAUAUUUUCCAACAGAUCUCAAGCCUAGAAGAGGUAGUAAGUGUCCAUGAAGCACAAUUUGAAAUCAAACCAACUGUACAGGACAGGGAGAGGCUACAAAAAGUACAGGCAGAGCUGUUCAGAUAUCUUGCUUUGGAGGAACAAUUUUGGAAGCAAAAGUCAUGGAUGACUUGGUUCAAUGAAGGUGAUAGGAAUACUAAAUUUUUCCAUGCUCACGUUAAUGGGAAGAGGAAGAGAUUACAGUUGAAAAGAAUACAAAACUCUGAAGGGAACUGGAUUGAAGAUGAUGAAGCAAUGGCUGAAGAGGAAGUGAAAUUUUUUCAAAAGCAGUUCCAUGAGGAAAGUAUCCCUACUGAUUUUGAGAUAAUUCAGCAUGUUCCUAAUAUGAUCACUCGGGAGCAGAAUCAGAAUUUGACAAGAUUACCAACAGAAGAGGAAGUAAAGCUGGCAGUUUUUGGCCUUAAUGGUGACAGUGCUGGAGGACCUGAUGGCUUUAAUGGCCAAUUUUUCCACAACUGUUGGGAUAUAGUUGGUGAAGAUGUGGUUGCUAUGGCAGGAUUUGUUAAAGGCAGAAGCAUUGUGGAAAAUGUUUUGUUAAAGCAGGAAAUAGUCACAUAUAUUAGGCUAAGAACUAAGGCAAGUCCUAAUGUGAUCAUCAAGUUAGAAAUGACAAAGGCAUAUGAUAGAUUAUCAUGGAUAUUUCUGGCAAAAGUAAUGAGAAGAAUGGGCUUUGAUGAGAGAUUCAUUGGCAUAGUCUUUGGGACUAUAUCGAACAACUGGUAUUCUGUACUUAUAAAUGGCCAGCCACAUGGAUUUUUUAAAUCAACAAGGGGAGUUAAGCAAGGUGAUCCUCUAUCACCUGCUUUGUUCAUCAAUGUUGCAGAAGCUCUAUCAAGAGGUUUGAAUACACUUCAUCAAAAUCUGUACUUUUGUGGGUAUGGCUUACCUAAAUGGAGUCCCAAGAUCAAUCAUUUGGCUUAUGCAGAUGACACAAUAAUCUUUUCUUCCUCUGAUGAAACCUCUUUGCAUUUAAUAACGCAAGUUCUAUCAGCAUAUGAGGCAGCAUCUGGACAAUUGAUAAACACGGCUAAAUCAGCAGUAUACUUACAUCAUCUGACAGCUGAAGAAGUGAUGAGAAAGGUAGAAAGAGCAACUGGAAUAGGGAGGCAAGAAUUCACAUUCACCUACUUGGGAUGUCCAAUAUUUUAUACAAAGAGGAAACUGGAGUACUACCAAGGAUUGAUUAACAAUGUUAUUGAUAAGAUACAGUCGUGGAAAGGGAAGUUACUAUCUAUAGGAGGUCGAGCAGUCUUAAUAUCACAUGUUUUGCAAAGUAUGCCCAUACACUUGUUGUCAGCAAUCAAUGCACCUGCCUUUGUGAUCAGCAGAAUACAUAAGCUUAUGGCUAGAUUUUUUUUGAGCAACUCAGUAGAUGGGAGGAGCAGACACUAG